CGUUAGCUUGACUAUUCUUAAAAUUAACACAAAGAAACUGCAAGAAAACUAACUAAAAAUGCCAGAGCUUUAAUAUUUUUAUUUUUAAAACGCUUUCCCGCUAGCGACAGCAUCCCAAGAGGUGACAGCCACUACUCCCGGCUAGCUGCGGCGACAUGGCUUUCAAGGUUGGUGAACAGCCCAAACUUUUGGCCUUCCCUCCAGUAUGUAGAGCAGGAACACGUCUCAUCGCCAUGGGAUGACUGGUCAGUGAAUCUGUGGCUGUCAGUAUUUUUGCUGAAAUGUUCUUCACAGAGGAAAUACCUUAAACUAUAACUAACAGAAGCUACAUCUACUUUGCCUGCCUUCACAUCAGCAAAGCAACACAGACAUGGGCUUCUGUUCAAGAGUGUGCAAGAUUUUGCGUAGGAGCAAGUAUGUUAUACUGCUCGUUCUUGUGCUGUCAGUGCUGGCGUGGAUAGCAAUCUUUUCAAGAGAGACGGUGAAAUCUGUCUUGCUUUCCUCUGCCAUUAAACAAACUCUUACCAAAGGAGAGAGUCUGAGGGACAAACUCAACUCUCGGACAUCAGCACCUAAUCGCUUAAAUACUCCACCACAAAAAGCCGAAUGCCCUCAGGAGUCACCAUUGCUGCAGGGCCCUGUGAAACUGUCCUUUGAGUCUUCUCUGAAACUGACGGAUGUAGAGAGUGACAACAAAGACGUAACUGAAGGCGAGUAUGAGCCCUCAGACUGUACAGCAAGACAGAGCGUAGCAAUCCUCAUCCCGCAUCGCAACCGAGAGAGACACCUCCUCUACCUCCUACAUCACUUGCACCCCUUCCUGCAGAGACAGCAACUACACUACGCCGUUUAUGUCAUCCAGCAGGCUGGUGAUGCAACGUUUAAUCGUGCCAAGUUACUAAAUGUUGGGUAUUUGGAGGCCCUAAAGGACUACAACUGGGAGUGCUUCAUCUUUCAUGAUGUGGACCUGGUACCUGAAAAUGAUCACAAUUUAUAUCUUUGUGACAAGCAGCCCAAACAUUUGGUAGUUGGCCGGAAUGCAACGGGAUACAAGCUGCGUUACAAAGGCUACUUUGGAGGGGUCACUGCCUUGACCAAAGACCAUUUUUUUCAAGUGAACGGAUUUUCAAAUGCUUACUGGGGCUGGGGUGGAGAAGAUGAUGACCUUCGCAUCAGGGUCGAGCUACAGAAAAUGAAGAUUGUCCGGCCGCCUGCUGAUGUAGCUCGCUAUACAAUGGUGUUUCACAAACGGGACAGUGGCAAUGAAAUAAACAAAGACAGGAUGAGGUUGUUGGGUCGAACACCACAGGUGUGGAAGAAGGAUGGACUCAACAGCUGCUCAUACAAAACUUUAUCAGUUGAGAGGAAGCCCCUCUAUGUGAAUGUUACUGUGGACAUUGGCAAGCCACAGAAAUAGAAAGCCUUCCUGUGACCAAAAAAUAUUUUGCUAUAUUUACAGGCAAUGUAGUGCAGGACAGCUGCUACACAUGCACAAGACAAUAUAUUAAGCACGCAAAAUGCACAUUGUUUUGAUUAGUUUAAAUAUUAGAAUCAAAUAAAACUACCAGCCGCAUUCAGUUAGCUGAAACAUUUUUGCAUAUUGAGGCCCUGUUUACACGCGAAUGUUUCAGGUGAAAACACUCAAUUUCUGUUGCGUUUUGGCUCUUCGUUUACACAAUAGUGGCGUUUUGAGUCCCCAAAAAUGGCACAAUUUGAAAACCGGUUCCAGAGUGGGAUGUUUUUGAAAUGCCCUGGUGUCAAUCUCUGUCUAAUAAGGGAAAACACGAGUUUUUACUUGCGCAUGCGCACUAUGAUGGCAAUCACCGCCAACUUGUGGCUUGGCAUGGAAACUACAGUAUUUUCAUCAUCUCUUGUGGUGUGAACAGGGAUAUUUUUUUAAAAUGUUGUCAUCUGCAUGUGUUACUUUUCAAAAAUGAAAACGGACAAACAAUACCGUUUCCAGCAGAUUGUUUACAUGUAAACAAGGCCUGAGUUACCUGCAUACUUCAGUGUUACCAGGAUGCAAAAAAAAAAAAGACAUUUUUCUGACAAGGAUAGAAAGUAUUGAAAAUCCCUUUCUUGGAAUUUUCUGUUUUCUACAUUCUUGAAAGUCAACUACGUUAAUUCAAAUUGCAUAUUUAGAUUGUUUUUUUGUUUUUUUUUUUUUCUCUUUGUGCCUUACAAUGGCUAACUCUACAGUUUCCUCAGUAAGUAUGUGCUUAUCUCUAAAUAUGAAACUUAGUCCCCACCCCUUCAUUUCGCUGCCAGCAUUCUCACACUGGAUCAACGAGCAUAGCUCGACUCUGCUUUUGUGAGAUUAAAGGAGACACAGUUCCAGCCCCACACUGCUGCAGUGUGUGUUUGGUAAGAAGCAGAGGGGAAAAAACAGUUACUCAUUUUGUAGGUCCAAAAACACAAAGUUGAUGCCGUUCCACUGCAUUAGAGAGAAAAAGCCAUGAUGGACAUCAGCACUGACAGUGCCAGGAGGACACUGGUUCUGCCAAAACUAAACAAAACUCUAUAGACAGAUUAACACUAAAUGAGAAGGAUUUAUUACACGUACACUAAUGUAAUGAGUUCCCUUCAGUUCAAGAAACCUUUUGUUUACCUGUCUCCCCUUUGCUUUAUUUGUAUCUGUAAUACAAUCAGUGGAAAAACGAGAGGAGUGAAGCAGUGAAAGUAAAAUGAAAUGAGCUCACAUAGACAACAAACCGGGGCAACAAAUAAUGUGUUGCUCCUGUUAGAUAAACCUUGUUUCUUAUCUCUACCUCUGCCCUGCCCAAUUUUAAGUUUUUGAUCAACAUUCAGCUGUCAAACAUGGAUUAAUUGCCUGUUGCCUUAACAUUUGCCUGCAUGAUGUUUACACAUGAACAGUGUGUAUUUUGUGUGCUUUAUUACGAGUGCAUUAAUAUAUUGUUCCUAUAUAUAUAUAUAUAUAUAUACAGUUUUCACUUGUUUUGCCUCAUAUGAUAUCAUGUGAUUGACAUAUAUCCUGAUGUAACUCCUCUUAGAUGUGUUGCUCCUGUUAAAGCAGGACAGUUUUCACACGCCACUAGCACAUGAUGUCACAGCAUAUUUUCCACCAGCUUCAACUUGAGCAAAUCACUAAUCAGCCAGCUAACUGAGAAGAUGUAUGCGAAGUCUGACUGGGUUAAUAUUUGAGUCUGUUUGAUUCCAGGCUGCUCACUCUUCAAAUGAUUGGUAGCUCACUAGAGAUGUUUAUUGACCCAUUUAUGUUAAAGAAAAACUGUAGGGAAUGCAGAAUCUGAUGGGAAUCGAACACUGGAUAAUGAGUGUAAUGUGCACUAAAGCUGCAUUAUUAAAUUUGAUGAACCCAAAAAUACAAACUGGCUUAAAUUACAUUUAAAACAAAGAUUUAAUUUAAAUACAAAGCACUAAGUGCCUAUUAAGCAAUACAUAUUGAACUCAUCACUGUAGCUGUUUUGAGAUUAAUUACACCUGCAUCUGAGGGGUCCAACAGCCGGUUUCUCUUUUUCUGGCAAAAGCCAGAGUAAGGUGAGAAUGUUGUUAAAAUCACAGUAAUGAUGCUAGAUAUCUAAGAUCUUCCAUAUCCUAAGUUUAGCAGUUGUAUUCUUGCUUUGUUUAUAUGUUGAGCGUGAUGAUCUGCUUUUCUAGCAGUGCUACAGCAGAUUGCAGGUGAACCAGAAAGAAAAGAAAACUCGAGCAACAAUAACACACAAAAGAUUUCAUGCAGAUGUGUUAUUUUGAAAAUGAAGACUUAACAUAAAAACAGCUUGAUGUAAUGAAUGCCUUCAAGGAGGUAUUUUUACUGGUCAUUAUGAGAAUAAUUAUGGCACAGUUCUAGUUAAGUGUAAUUUCAUAGAGGAACUGGCCGGCUUGCCUCAUUCUGACUGUUAUUGAUGAAACCUGUGCAUUUUCAUGCCAUAAUGUGUGCUGUGAAAAGUGGCCUAUUAGAGGGUUAAACUUUUUAAUCUCUGGUUUUAGUGCACAAUAUAAGCUCCUCUAGGAUCACAGUAAAUGAUUCUACUUCAGCAUUAUGUGCUACAAAAAAAAAAUUUGGCUGCAUUAAUAUACGUAAAAUGAGAACCACGAGGACCUUUGAAUGAUAUUGUCUUGAAAAUUAGCUUUGUGAACCAGAUAAGAUGAUUUCUGCUGCAGCGUUGUUUUAUAACGACUAACCCGCUUGAUUUUUAUCAAGUAGAAUAUAAAAGGUGGUUUUGAUUUUUUUAUUAUUAUUAUUAUUUUCACAUUGUUAAAAGAUUCUGUUGUACUGUUAGAAUUACUAUGUGAUGAAGUCUCAGUCUAGGACAAAUUGCACACUUGCUAUAAUCAUUGCAUGCUGUCUAAAAAACAUGUCUGAUACAAAAUAUUUGUCACGAUUUUAUUUUAAUGAAAAGUAGUAUAGCUAUUAAUGUUUUUUUUUAAAUAUGUUAAUUGUCUAUCUUCUUUCAAGUCUGAGCAAUAUUAAUAACUAUACUGGCAUAUAUAUAGAUCUGCUGUUAGAUGGUAAGAUACAGAUUCCUCUCAAUUAUCUGUGUGUGUGAGAGAAUUUUUGCACUGUUGAUGAAAAACUACUCUUUAAAUCUGAAGUAUAUUGUAGCCAUUAUGAAUACAAGUUCUCUCUGUUGUUGCUGGCUGCACAGUCCGUUAAUAUUGUGGUUAUAUCUCCACUCCUUAAUGAAUGUUUGUUGGGUUUUUUUCUUUCUUUUUUAUACUGUGGUUUUAAUCUUUUAUUUUAUAUUAAAAUACUAAUUGCAAAUGUUAAAUUAACUUCUUAGUAAGGUUUUAUAAAAUGAUCACAAGAGAAAAUCAUGUUGUAAUAUUGUAGCAUCGAGAACCUCCAAUUCAGUUUAUGCUUUGAAAUUCAAAGUAAUGUUAUGUAUUUUGUGCUUUUGUUUUGAACGUUUGUUGGUUUGUGAUGGUUUGUUUGUGCUGACAGAUCUUAGGAAGAAAAUGGAAAUAAUGCAUUUGACUUGAAAUGGGAUUAUUUUCUCUUUA